GUGCCCGUGGAAAUCGUGCUCUUGUACUAUCCAUACUGGCCUCUUGGAAAAAUCGCUUGCAACACUUUGAGUUCAGUGUUUGUGGCUCUUGGAAGCGCGUCUGUUUGUCACCUUUGUGUCACUGGUGUUGACCGUUUCUUGGCAAUUUCACAUUCUUUGCGAUACUCCAGUGAGCGACAUUUCACCUUCUGUCAUCGUUUCCUUGGUCUUCCUUUGGGUUUUUGCCUUUUUGAGUGGAACUGCAACGUAUUUCAUCUGGACGCAGCUAAACCCAGAGGCAUGUUCUGUGUUAACAGCUCCUUUGGAGAGCACUGUAGUCUUUUUGGUUCUUGA